AUGCCUCAGGACAGAGACAAACAACGUGGUAAGGCCAUCGUUGUCGACGGGGAAACUCCUGGUCACUCGGGCAGUCAAUCGUCGGCCCCAAGGAAACUGACUGCCGUCGCCUGUGUUGACUGUCGCAAGCGGAAACGCAAGUGUAACGGAGAGCGACCAUCAUGUUCUGCAUGCCAGACCAGAGGGUUAUCAUGCAUGUAUGAUGUCGUCGAGGGUGCAACACGAACAGAGGACCUCAAACAAAAGGUCGUGACAUUGUCGUCGAGAGUGCGCAACCUCGAGUUGUUCAUCAACAAACUCAGGUACAGCACUGACAAUGAAGCGAGCGCAAUUCUCGCCCAGCUCAGGCUUGGAGACACUGUCGACGGAAUCCUUGGCGUCGACAUGGUCGAGGGCCUCUCGGAAAUGAGUGAAGUCGACCAGUGGAAAGACCAAGCGAUACCGACACUCAAAAGUGUGUCGGCGUUUGGCAUUGGACUUGCUCGUAACCCAACAGGUCCAUCUCUGCUCACCAGCAUUCCUCUAUACGACUCGACGCGGUCGGAAAGGAGCACCAGCGUCGUGACCAACAGUCCCGGUGUGGUCGAUGGGCUCGGACCCGAGACAAGUCAGCCGCGACAGGAACAGAUCGAGUCCCCAUGGGCUCGCUCGUUGUUCACCCAAGUCCAUGCACAGCACCUGUUGUUCGAGGACGACCCGUACUCGGGGAUGCAAGGCGCUGCUCACGAAUCUUUCCCUAUCCUCGAUGGCGACGCCCCAAACUCAGUCUACCUCAUGGGCGACCACAAGAGACUCUGGAUCGACCCUACUCUCUCUGCCUCGACGCCAGGCAUGCCUUCAGGCCCAGGCUCAGCCGCGUUGGAGAGACACACCAAAAUCCUCGACAGGUACAGAGCUAGGCGUCGGAUGCUCAACGAAGCUCGUCCAGGCGGCGACUGCGUCAUGAUAACGUCUCAUCUGUUCAGCACUGGUGGGGCGUUUCCACCACUGUCCUCACCCAUGAACCCGCAGUUGCUCGGCAUGCCAGAGGUGACUGCGCCAGCGUGGUCAAUCAUGUCAAUGUACCGCAAUGACGACCCUGACUUGAUGUCUGUCGUCUACGUCGACUUCAUCCUCGAGAGCAAGAGACUGAUUGCCAGCGGCAUUCCUCCAGAACGCUUGUUUGGCACAGUACCAGAUGUCGAGGUACUCGUCAACGAAGCCGAAUUCGUUGGAGCUCCUGUCUUGUCCCAGUGGACUGCGAGACUAGCCAACAGCUUCGGCAUCCAGUCGCUGGUAUGUCGCAUGGCUGUCAUGUAUAUCCAGUGGUACCUGAUGCGGUGGAUCAUCCUCCAGACUCCAGAGACCUAUCUUGCCAUUCCAGACUGGUACAGGCCGACGCCCUACCAGAUGUUUGUUCCGCAUCCCAUCUACGCCGACUUUCAUGUCUGGCCCAGACUUCGAGACGCCGUCAUCCAACGCAUCGACCUACAAUGUCAACCAACAUACUGGUACUCUGAAGCUGCCACGACCAUCGACUGCAAUUGGCCGGGCAACGUCCAAGAUGCCAUGUGCUAUGAUGGCAAUAGAAAACUGAGGCUGGCGCCGGCGUUUGUUAAGCACAUACUAGACUUGGGCAACUGGACCAUCGGACCUGUCAUCCGGAAACAUAUUCCAGACGCAUGUACUGUUCUCCAGAUCAAGUAUGGACCUAUGUGA